AUGUCUAAUAAUAACACUGUAUUCUCAUGGAUCGCUAACGGAUAUCCUAUCCCUUUUUGUAAGGCAGUCAUUCAAAUAUCAACUCCAAAUUGUGAUCUCGCAUAUAUAGAAAGCUUCGAAAUGUUUGAAGCCAUUAAUAAACUGCUAGAUUUAGGUGCUAUAUCGCGCUGCAUCGCAUCGCAUGGUCAAUUUAUUUCAAUGACCUUUCUAGCACCUAAACCUAAUGGUAGCAAAAAGGUUAAUUUAAAUAUUAAACCAUUAAAUAAAUUCGGGGAAAAAACUCACUUCAAGAUGGAAGAUUACCGAACGGCAGUAAAACCAAUACCCAAAGGAGGUAUUUAG